AUGUCUACUGUCGAAGAUGGAGAAAUUAGGGCCGAUUCGACCGAACAGCAGACGAUGAACGCGCCGUUUGAAGGCCCAGAGAAAUUGCUCGAGAUUUGGUUCCAGGCGCCGGAUGGAGAUGCCAGCGGCCAACAAAGGCCUGGGUUACGAGCAGUUUCGAGAGAAAAAUGGGAAGAGAUGCUGGAUAUUGUGCGCUGCAAGGUUCUCAGCGUCAUACAAGGCAAAGAGAUGGACGCCUAUCUCCUGAGUGAAUCCUCCCUAUUUAUUUAUCCCUACAAACUUAUUCUCAAGACAUGUGGCACGACGCUCAAUCUGCUCGGACUCCCUCGGAUAUUGGAGAUUGCGGACCAAGAGUGCAAGCUCACGACGGUCACGAAAUGUUUCUACUCGCGCAAGAGUUUCAUGUUCCCAGAACGACAAUCUGGACCUCAUCGGGACUGGAAAGAAGAGGUCGCAUUCCUCGAGAAACAAUUUCCAGGUGGCGCAGCGUAUACUGUCGGCAAAAUGAAUGGUGACCAUUGGCUACUGUGGUUCAUCGAUAACACCACCUCCAUCAACGAUUCCACUCCCUCGACUCCCUUUCACGCAUUUACGCCAUUCCCGACCACCCCUCCAGACUCGAACGCCGACUCCGAGUCCGAGGAGCCAUUGGACUAUACCCUAGAGAUCCUCAUGUCCAACCUUUCUUCAAAUUCUCGCGACAAUUUCUUCUUCCCUCCUCUCGACGCAACCGAAAAUGACGAGGACAAACCUGUACCGACACCUCAUGAGCGCGCACUCGCGCUCUCAGAAAAACUCGGAAUAUCUUCCAUCUUCCCACCUUCAAUGAGCCAACUAGACGCAUACGCAUUCGACCCGUGCGGUUACAGCGGAAACGCGGUCAUCUCGCCCAAGAAUCCGCAGAUGGGUGAAGGCUACUGGACGAUUCAUGUCACACCAGAAGAAGGGUGGAGCUACGCCUCCUUUGAAUGCAACGUUCCUUCUUCGGCAUCCCCAGAGGACCUGUCCCACCUCCCUUCCUCUUUUCCUAGUCUGCUGACUCUCAUUCAACGAGUAGUGGACAUCUUCCAACCCGGAAACCUCUCUGUCACUCUCUUUGUUUCCAACAAUCCACCCAGCCACAAUUCACCCAUCGAAACGGCCCAAUCGACCUUUCAAAAGGCGCUCCACUCUCGUGGCUACAAACGCACGGAUAAGAUCACGUACGAGUUUGCUGGUUACGACUUAGCAUUUGCGAGCUUCAAGUUGUAA